UCCUGUCUUAGACGCGUGCAGAGGAGAGAUGUGACUUUCAAAAGCAUCUUUCUCUCAACAGACUUACUCUUGUGUGUGUUAUUAUUAGUUUUGUAAGUGGUUUUGAUUACUUUACUUUGAGAGAGGAAUUUAGGACCAUUGAUAAAUUGGAGGAACUGGGAUUUUGAAGGAGGGUUGAAUUUAAAAGGAGGGAGCGAUGGCCUCCCUCCUGAUGCGAAUUUUUAGGCUGGGUGUGGAGAAAAAGCGGAUCAGGCUCUAUGAAAACCUGAAGAGGGAUGUUGAUCCACACCAGAUGUGGGAAACUCAGGGAGAUCUGGGAGAUGGAGCUUUUGGGAAGGUGUAUAAGGUUCACAGUCAGACGACGGGUGUCCUGGGUGCUGCAAAAGUGAUUGAAGUACGCAGUGAGGAGCAGCUCGACGACUACAUCACUGAGAUUGACAUCCUAGCGGCCUGCCGUCAUGCGAACAUUAUCUCUUUGCUGGACGCCAUCUUCUUUGAGGGAUGGCUUUGGAUUUUUAUUGAGUACUGCCCUGGAGGAGCCCUGGAUGACAUCAUGUUGGAACUGGAGCGGGGUCUUUCGGAGCAGCAGAUCAGUGAGGUGUGCUGUCAGACCCUACAGGCCCUCUCUUACCUACAUCAGCAUCAUAUUAUUCACAGAGAUCUGAAGGCCGGAAACAUUCUGCUCACAAUGGAGGGACAGGUCAAACUUGCUGACUUUGGUGUGUCUGCAAAAAAUGAAAACACCCUCCAAAAACGAUCAACUUUUAUUGGAACGCCGUACUGGAUGGCGCCAGAGGUCAUCAUGUGUGAAACUUCAAAGGACAAUCAAUACAGCUGUAAAGCAGAUAUCUGGUCACUUGGUAUCACUCUGAUUGAAGCUGCUGAGAUGGAACCUCCUCACCAUUCUCUCAAUCCCAUGAGAGUUCUGCUGAAGAUCACCAAAUCUCAACCUCCCAUGCUCUCCAAUCCCCGUCGUUGGUCAUCCCAUUUUCAAGACUUUUUGCGGAGGACGUUGCAGAAGAACCCAGAGGCUCGCUGGGGAGCCCAGCAGCUGCUGGCUCACCCUUUCGCAUAUGCGGGUCGAGACGGGCGAGCUCUUAAAGAACUCAUAGCUGAAGCCAAAGCAGAGGUCACUGAGGUCAUAGAAGCUGAGUCUAUGUCAGACCUCCGUGAGUCUGUAAACGAAACAAUAGCAACAGAAUCUGAGCAAACACAAACUGAAUCAGUGCAGGCAGCUGAAGAACAAGCAGCUGAACCUGACAGAUCUCAGAAAGCUACUGUUCCAGUUGCUGUUCCUCAAUCUCCCACCGAUCCAGAGCCAAACACUGAGGUUAGAGUGACCCGCAGGGGAUCCCACGUCAUAGAUAAAGCACAGAAGAGGGCAAGACGACUCUCUGUUCCUGGAAAUCUGCUCUCGUUUCUGACUGGGGCCGGUCGACGCAAAUCUGGAUUCUGGGGUGAUAAUUCGCCAGCUAAGGCAACUAAAGACUUAGAAGAUUCCAGCGUGAUGGAAACUGAGCAAAAUCCUCCUGUUUCAGCGGGAGAUAGCCAUGAAACCACUGACAAAUCCAAAGAACAGACAUCUGACUUGGUUGAAGUUACAAGCAAAGAGGCCGCCGACACCAAAGAUGAAGCUAAAGAAGAGGACCACUUAUGCACAACAGCACAAGCACAGCAACCUACAUGCACAUCAGCUCCAGCACACCAACCUACAUGCACAUCAGCUCCAGCACACCAACCUACAUGCACAUCAGCUCCAGCACACCAACCUACAUGCACAUCAGCUCCAGCACAGCUACCAACAUACACACCAGCUCCAGCACACCAACCUACAUGCACAUCAGCUCCAGCACACCAACCUACAUGCACAUCAGCUCCAGCACACCAACCUACAUGCACAUCAGCUCCAGCACACCAACCUACAUGCACAUCAGCUCCAGCACAGCUACCAACAUACACAUCAGUUCCAGCACAGCUACCAACAUACACACCAGCUCCAGCAGACCAACCUACAUGCACACCAGCACCAGUACAGCUACCAACAUACACACCAGCUCCAGCAGACCAACCUACAUGCACACCAGCACCAGUACAGCUACCAACAUACACACCAGCUCCAGCACACCAACCUACAUGCACACCAGCAACAGCACAGCUACCAACAUACACACCAGCACAGCUCCCAACAGACUUCUCUGAGAAGAAAACACUAGAUCUUAUCAAAGAGCACACGGAUGAGAAAGAUUGUGGUGUGAAAAAAGUGAUGUCUGAUGAUUCUGUCCACAAUGACCAAAGAUUCUGGCAAUCCCUCCAAAACUCACCCAUUCAUGACACGCUUCCUAAAGCAACACAUCCUCAGAGCUCUCAUGUAAAAGCGCUGAAUUUGGAAACAUCAAUGUUAAUUAAACGUGACAGAUGGGAAGAGGAACAUUAUAAAAAUCAAUAUCUUGAUUUGGCCUGCGCCUUGAAAUUGUGUGGUUCUCCCUUCACAACAGAUGUCAAAAUCUCUUCUGUUGAGAUGUCGUCUAAUAACUUACACAAAGUAAUUCCAGAUUUAGAGGCAAGUCAACAGACAAGUGAAACAUCACAAAGCGAGACCGAUGAGGGAACGAUCACACUUGUUGAAGAAAAACCUGAGGUGGAACUCGAAGAACGAGAAGAACUGGAGACAGAUGGUGGGACAUUGAAUGAAAUGAAAGAGGAAAGCUGUGAGGAAAGCCAUGGAAUCUGUGGAGAUACAAACUCGGUAACAGAGGAAGAGGAACGUUCGACCAACGCAGAACAGCACAGUAUUGAGGUACGAUGUGAGGAUCCAACCAGUCAAGAGAAUAUUCCAUUGGAUGUUGGGAAUGAAGACGUAGAUUCAAUAAAUGAAAAAUGUGAGAAAGAAAAAUCCUGUGAAGAAGCCAAAGAUCCUAAUGGAAAAACAGAGGAGCUUUUAACCACCCAAGAAGACGUUAAAAUGGAGUACAAUGUUGAAAAUGAUGAAGUUGACUUCAAAAAUGAAAACAUUGAGAACACAAGACAAUCAGAGGAGAUGGAAACAACAACUCAAAAUGAGAUGACAAAUAUCAUUGUUGUACACAAGCCAGAACUGUCAUGUCAAACCAAUACAGAAGAGAUCAGUGCUGAGAGGGAAAUGAGUAAAGAAGAAGCGGCCAGAGAAGAGAGAACAAAACACACAACAGGACACUGUUCCGAAACAAAAGAAGAUUGUAUAGAUUCAAUUAAACCCAAGGACAAUAUUCAAGGAAAUGAUAUUGAAAGUAUACAGAACAUAGAAGGAGAGAAAACAAAAAGCCAUAGUUCUACAACAGAUGGGAUAGAACCAAAAGUGAAAAAGCAAGUGAUGUUUUUACUCGAAGAGGACUCAAUGAGACAAGAUAAAACUGAAGAAAGUGUUCUUGGAAACGGCUCGAAAGAACAACAUGUCGGGGCUAAUGGAAACGCACCUAAGGAAUCGAAUAAAGACACCGUUGCACCUCUUUCUCCAAAUACUGAACCGCUGUCUCCUGGUUUGGAAGGGGAAAUACCCGCGAGCAGACGCACGGUAAAGAAGAUCAGAAAAUUUAUGGUGGAUGGACAGGAGGUCAGCGUCACCACCUCUAAAGUGCUUAGUGACAAAGACAGAGAGGACAAACAAAUGCGCUACAACAGACGGCAGGAGCUGCACGCGUUGAAGCUCUUACAGCGAGAGGAGCAGAGGGAACAUGGGCAGCUGGAGCAGAAACUACAGCAGCAGAGAGAACAGAUGUUUCGCCACAUUGUACAAGAGAUGACUAGUAAGAAGCAGUAUUAUGACGGGGAACUUGAGAGACUUGAAAAACAGUACCAACAGCAAAGCAGCCAAAUGGAGGCUGAGCACACAGCCCGGCUCCGGGAGGAUGCGAGGAGACUCAAAGCCCAGCAGGAGAAAGAGUUGACCCGAAAGAGCAGUUCAUUUAAAGCUGAGCCUAAAGAGGAGCAAAAGUUUCUCCAGAAACAGCAACAGGAACUCAAUGAAGCUCUACAGAAAGGAGUUCAGGAGCAUAAGAGGAAGGUGGCGUCCAUGGAGUGGGAGAUUACAGCCAAAUCCCAACAGUUUAAGAGAGCUCGUGAGGCUGUUAUUUGGGAGUUAGAACAGCGCCAUCUACAGGAGAAGUACCACCUGUUCAAACAGCAGGUGAAGGAGCAGUACAGCCUACAGAGACAGCAGCUGACCAAAAGACACAACAAGGAAAAGGAGAGAGCGUCUCGGUUCCAGCAGGUUCUUCUUGAAAACCAGAAGUCAUUGCAGGCCCAAGAAAGAACUUCCUUCCAGAAGGCCCAGAAAGCCGAAGCCAAGUCCCUUUUCAACCAGUUUAAAGUAGAACUUAAAAAGCAAGGUCUAAGUGGUCCUGAACAACGACAACGUCUCACGCAGUUUUUAUCAGAAGAAGAAGCAAGACAGAAGCUGGAGAGACAGAGUCUUCAGGAGAAUCAUGAUAACCAGCUGAAAGCAGUACAGGAACAAUGCGACGCGAGUGUAGCUGAACUACAGCAACUACAGAACGAGAAACUUCAGGUUCUUGUGGACAUGGAGAAGAAAAAGAUUAAAACUUUGGAGGAUGAGCACACGCUGGAGCUCAAUGAAUGGAGAGACAAGCUUGCAUGCAGGAAAGAGGUGUUGGAAGAAGAUCUGGCUCGCAGGCGUCGAGAGAAAGAGGGAAUGCGGAGGAGAGGCAGUGAGCCUGAAAACCGUCACGCAAGUCGCCGUCCGAAGUUCUUUCACAACCUGAGCUUCUCUUGACGAACAGCAGAAAUAAACCGAUCCUCAACCUGUGUCUGUAUAUAAGAUUGGGACUAGUUGUCACUCAGCGAAGUUGAAGGAUAGCUGUAUCUUGCUAACUAUAAGGUUAUUUAAGGUAUUAUUAAAUGUUAGUUUCAAACUCGUGGUGGAUUCUUUACAUUCAUAACUGAGAGAAACUGUUCAUAAGAAUUUCUGGCAAAAAUAAAAGUUUUUCACAUACAUUUUACACAUGAAAUGGCAGUUUUCAUGUUUUUUUUGUAAUCUGACAGUUCUUCACAGUAUUUAAAAAAAAUCUGUAAAUGUAUCAAGUUUUCGCAUUAUAUGUGGAAAAUCUUUAAAGAGAACAGUAAAAUUUAAUUAUAGUAUACUUUACAUUGUCUGUACUAUGUGUCUAAAGAAAUAUUGAAGUCCUAGUCUCUCUGUCUCUCUGUAUAUUUUCAGUUUUGUUUAGCUGGGGAAUGUUUUUUUAUCUGUAAAUCUGUUUAAAAGUCAUGUUAAACCUUAAUUGAUCUAAGUGUACUUUACAACAAUAAAAAAGCAAUAAUUUGUGAAUAAAUAUGUCUUGUCUGGCGGAUUUGUGUUUAGCUGACGUGAUGAAAUGGACUACUGCAAUACUCUCCUUGCUGGUCUUUCUGCAAAGGCUAUCAAACCACUCCAGCUGGUUCAGAAUGCAUACCUCGUCUUCCAACAGCCCAAAAGGGCUCAUGUGAGACCCCUUUAAUCUCUCUCCACUGGCUACUGGUUGAAGUCCGUAUCAAAUUCAAGUCACCAAUCCCUGUCUACAGAACUAUCACUGGAUCCGCACCGACAACCUUCACACCCCAUCAGGAACCUUAUGAUCAGCAUACCAGCAGCGUCUUUUAUUGCCUUCUCAUAAGGGCUGUAAAUCCACAUCUCUCACAACAUUAAAAAAGCUACUUAAAG